UAACUAAAUAAAAAAAAUAAAAAUAAUAAAAAAAAUAUUGCAGUACUUGAUGAAACUAAGAACAGAGAAAACUAUUUGAGUUUUUGUGGUAGAAAUUUUGGAGGCUAUGUUUGCACUUCUUAAAUGACUUUCCGUGAUGCAUAAGUUUAUUCAGGGGCAUUAUUGCAAGUAAAAUAUGUGGUCGUCCUCACUGCACGGACACUUUCAGCUCUGACGUGCAGCUCUCCGUAAAUGCUUCUGCAGGAUAUUUGCUUUGGCGUCUGGCUGUAUUACACAUGCAAAUCAAAUGUUUUAAGUGUUAGACAAAUUUAUUUGCCUUUUAAUAGAACUCGACACACGGCAUUGCACGCUUUCAGCACAAGCCAAGCUUGCUCUGCAAAAUAUGGCUAUGUAGACUCUCCAUCAUGUUGUCAAACAAAUAAAACAAAACAAAAAAAGGGCCGUUUUCUUGUUUUUUUAAGCAAACUAUUGAGGUGAAACAUUGGGGUCGACAGAUUAGAGGGUUUUUUCAUUUUCAUUAUUUGAAAAUAUUUUAAAGCAGAGUUUUCCAGGUUGCUUGCACGUGUUGUGCGUGAAUCAGAAGACAUGUGCCAGUUUUUUAAGGAUGCGCAAACCCGUGACGACUGUCGAGGGUUUUGACAUCUUUUGUUUUCUUUUUCAACCAUGAUGAUUUUGAUGUGCUCUGAUUUAAAAUCUGUGUUGCAUCUUUGGGAUGCAACAGAUUCCAGUUUCAAGCACUGAUGUUCACCAGGUUGCACGACUAGACUCAAUUCUGCUUCAGCUGAGAUGCUGAACCUCACCCACCAAAGUUCGGACUCUUGCAGUAAACAACUUAGCAGAUUACUUUCUUUUGCUUUAUAUGCUGUGAUUUAAUAAGGAAAACACCAACGUAAGCCAGUCCGAGCGCUGCUGCUGGUACCAGUGCCAUGCUUUUCCAUUGGUUCCUGUUUACAUGAUGCCCACAGGACAGGCGGUGAUUGGUGGCCUCCUCGCACGUGACCCGACAACUUUGUACAUUUGACAGGGGGGAGUAGGAGGGUUUUGUGGAGAUCAGAAAAACGACAGCGCGAUAAAAAUUAGUAUUGUUGCACUUCACAAAUUAAUGACCAUGAGUUCCUACUUGAUAAACUCCAACUACAUCGAGCCUUCCUUCCCACCAUGCGACGAGUACCAGCAGAGCGGAUAUAUCCCCAGCCACGGCGACUACUACGAGCGGCCAAAGGAUACGGGCUUCCCCCAUCACGACGAGCAAUCCUAUCCGAGGUCAGGCUACGCGGAGACGGGCUAUGACUACGGAACCGUCCCCUCAGCUGCCGCCGCUGCAGGACUCGACGAUUUCGGCGACGGACACCACGCACAGCCGCAGCCGGUCCCACAGAGUCACGGCGCUCGCCUCUCCGCGGCGCCAGACGGUGGCGCAGGGGCAAACGGGAGCAAAGACUGCAGCCUCGCCGGUGAAGUGUACCCCGGCGUGGCGAAGGGCAAGGAGCCGGUUGUCUACCCGUGGAUGAAAAAGGUUCACGUUAGCAACGUCAAUGCCAGUUACAAUGGAGGGGUGCCCAAGAGGUCCCGCACUGCCUACACCCGCCAGCAGGCUCUAGAGCUGGAGAAGGAGUUCCACUUCAACCGCUACCUGACCCGGCGCAGGCGGGUGGAGAUCGCGCACACCAUGUGCCUGUCCGAGCGCCAGGUCAAGAUCUGGUUCCAGAACCGUAGGAUGAAGUGGAAGAAGGAGCACAAGCUUCCCAACACAAAGAUCCGCUCAUCAUCCGGGUCGGCCUCUUCCUCAGCCUCCGGGGCCCAGCAGCAGCAGCAGCAGCAGCACCAACAGCAGCAGAUCAAAACAGGCCAGCAGCUUGUCCCAACGCCGUGCACAGUUGGUCUAUAGUGCCCAGAAUAACAGACCCCACAUAAUCCAGACUGAGAUGGCGAACAACACAUGUGGAAUUCGAUGGACCGAUUUUCAGUAUUUUACACUCAUGGUGUUAUAUCUCUGUAAGCUUGCACAUUGGGCCUGUGCCACGUCCUUUGUACACCAUUUCGUCCUCACUCCCCCCACCCCCCUCUUCAUAUAAGCUUGAAAAAUCACCUUUAAUUGCCACGGUGGCAACUGAAGUGUUUGGUUUCGGAUGGAAAAGACGGAAGGAAGGAAGGAAAAAAAAUAAACAAAGAAAAAAAAAUCCAAUGCACAUUCAGACGUGUAGGACUUGGAUCACAAAGUGUGUAUCAUUGCAGUUAAAACUGAGUCAGGUGAAAGUAAGUUUGUGGUCAUUUUUUUCUAUACGUUCUCUACGAUUAUUAUUGUUUUUAUGACCAUUGCUCAUGGAAAGUUCUAAUAUACUUGAAAGAUAUUUAGGAGACUCUGUAGAUGCCUGUUUAUUUAGGGUGGUGAAGGGGCUGUUUUAGGUAGGGUGGGGGGUGGGGAGGGGGUGGCAUCAGUCAGAGGAGCAGCAGUGUAGUUCGUGUGUUUGACUGGGUUGGUUCUUACUGUUGAAUGUAUAGUCCAGGUGACGUUCACAUCAAAUGUACAUAGACAAAUCCUACCUAAUGAAGGCACAAUGAGGGAAAAGGGCGAUUUUUUUUGUUCGUGUCAAGUUCUGUCGGUGUUGUACACAAAGUCCAUAUAGAUUCAUUUGUGCUCCCGUGCGUCCUUAUGCUGUGUUGUGUUCUAAACUGUGAAUAUUUGUAUGUGCUGUCUCAGUAAUGACCAAUGUAAUGUAGGCUAUAUAGUGUAGGUUAAACCUGUCCUUGUGAAAUAAAAUAUGUGCUCCACUUACGAGGCUUGA